UCUGCCCCAGCUGUGCCAACGUCCUAACCGUCUCAGCCAUGGAGACGGGCAAGAACCGACUCGAGUGCCGAACCUGUCCGUACGAGUUCGCCAUCAACGAGCCCCUCUUCAGCCGCAAGGAGUUUGCGCGCAAGGAGCGCGAGGACGUCUUUGGCGGGCCCGGCGCGUGGGACAAUGCGCAAAAGGGUCGCGUGCAGUGCCCCGCCGAUAAUUGCGACGGCGAGGAGGCUGCAUUCUUCCAGGUCCAGAUCCGCAGUGCCGAUGAGCCGAUGACGAGCUUUUACAAGUGCAUGACUUGUGGUCAUAGAUGGCGUGAGAACUGA